ACCUGCGGAUGGGGGCGGGCCCGCGUCGCUCACGCAGAGCCACUUCCGAGCGCGCCGCCUGCUUGGUGGGAGCAGGUGCCAUUGAAGAGCCCCACAAUGGAAGAUAAGCCGUUGGUGAUAUCGAAACAGAAGACGGAGAUGGUGUGUGGAGUCCCCACCCAGGUUGUGUGCACAGCCUUCAGCAGUCACAUCCUGGUGGUGGUGACCCAGUUCGGGAAGAUGGGUACCCUGGUCUCCCUGGAGCCCAGCAGCGUGGCCAACGAUAUCAGCAAGCCUGUGCUCACCACAAAAGUCCUUCUGGGGCAGGAUGAGCCUCUCAUCCAUGUCUUUGCAAAGAACCUGGUAGCGUUUGUGUCCCAAGAAGCUGGAAACAAAGCAGUCCUCCUCGCCGUGGCCAUGAAGGACAAAAGCAUGGAGGGGGUUAAGGCGCUGAGGGAGGUGAUCCGGGUGUGCCAGGUGUGGUGACCUGGAGGCAGCUGCCCCUCGCUGCUCAGCAGGACACGUGGGGACGCAGACACCCACUCAGGGACUCAAGUCUUGCCUCCCUCCCUGGUGGAGGGAGGAACUUUGUCUGGCACUAGCCCUUGGAGCCAGGAAAAAUAUUUGUGUCUCAGGCAGACUCUUACUCUGGUUACUGAGAUUAUCUGUGCAUGGGGGGAGAGGCAGAGCAUAGAGAGUGUCCCGAGGGAGUUGUGAAUGGAUCUCACUGGGACCUGAGUCAUUGCUCGUGUUUGAGAAUUGGAGGAAUGAGUCAGCAGGCCUGGCUCAUGGCUGCCCGUGUGCAGGAUCAAUUUUAGGAGAAAAUUUCUUUUUUAUUAAAAGCAAAUAUGUAUCCCAGAA